GAUAGUAAAUGUGAUUUUUUUUUUCUAGUUUAAAGACACCAUACCACCGGUCAAGUGUAUGACAGAUUUUUUUUUGACGCAGCGCAGACGAAUUUUAUCAACAUUUUGGUUCACAAGACGUAUAUCUACCAUGGCAGUGCAUUUGGUGUGUCUUACAAACGAAGGAGGAGUUCCACUUUUUACACGAACCAAAGGAGAUGUAAAAUCCCUUGCUUUUGCUGAACAAGGCAUGCUCUACGGCGUUCAGAUGUUUGCCCAGAACCAUGGGGUAAAGCUGGAAAGUACAACCACUGAAGAGGCCAAGGUCAUCUGGCAGGUGUUCCAUGACAGUGUAACCUUGGUUUUGGUGACCAGCAACGAUGGAAGCUGUGAUGUACAUUACAAUACACUUCUCAACCACAUAUUUCAUUCAAUGGUUAUGUUCAUAGGGCUGGAUACCCUUGUGAGUAUCAGGAAUGUAGAAAAACUCCGCCGAGAAAUAAAGGUAUGCUAUCCUGUUAUCGAUGUACUUCUUCAGGAGUCUGACAUGUUUGGAGCUCUGACUUCAUCAGUAGAUGUCCUUAUCUCACCAGAGAAUACUACGUUACUGGAUCCUUUGGAGGCCUUUGUCACCAGUGCAGAUAGUACAUUCGGUUGUCUUCAUGCUGAUGGCAAGCUGGUCGUUGCUACGUCCAACUGGUGGUCACUCAGUGGUCAAGAGAUGAUGCUAGUGGCCAAAUUCAUCCAGUCUCUGCCCGUUGGGACAUCCAGUGAUGUUCCCAUCUAUCUGCCUCACGCUAGCCCUAAGGAUCCUCAUAGACUGUUGAGCAUCCACCUCUUACCUGGUGUUGUAGUUAGUGUGCUGUGCUACGCGAACCCUACCCUAUCCGAAGCAGAGGAACAACUCAUCGAGCCAUCGUGGAGGUCGCACCACGAAGCUCUCCGGGCAAUCCAAAGGGCGCCCCCAUCCAACAUUCCAAGAACAAUCCCUCUUGAUGCUGGGAUCUUGGGGUAUGUUUUAUUGAAUACCGAUCAGCACAAGUGCCUGUCAUCCAUGCAUCUUCCACUGAUCGCAGGGGGCGCGGCCGAGCUGAAGCCCCUGCCACCGUACGCCCGGAGAGAGAUCCUCACUUCGUUCUACCGUACUGUCGCUGGAGGACUCUUCCCGCCUUCCAUCAGUCCAGAGAGGCAGGAUUCAUCUGGCGAGGCCUACAAAUCCCUUCCACAUACUGCAGAGGAGACUUACAUGUGUGGUGAUGACUACAAGACUUACGCUCUCAACUCGGGAGGUUUUCAGUUCUAUGUCCUCUUCUCAUCGGCAGUUCCACAGUAUGCUAUGAGAUCUGUGACCAAGAAUCUCCUUGGAACGCUGUCCAAAGAGAAGAUCUUUGUUGAUCGAAGGGCCAAAUCAUCAUGAGGGCUUUGGAUGGAGAUGGUCUGGAAUGGAAAGACAAGAAGAACAAGGUCAAGAUCAAAGCCUUUGAUGGGAUGUCAGUCAUCUUGUUAUCUUGGAUGGAGGAGACAACCUGUUCAGAAUGAGAUGCUCUAUUGGUCAGGCUGCCAACAUUGCCAUCAGUCAAGCACAUGGUGGACAAAGAAGAAGAGCCUGAUCCCCGACCUUGGUCUCUGACUGCAUGAAAGUGGUCCUUCUUUCUCGGGAUAAGGACAGCUUCUCCAGAAAGAGAUGGCCAUCAUCUCUUGCAGAGCAUUGCUGCUAAAAUUUGCAUUGGUCAUUAUUAUGGUUUUAAUAGGAAGAUGAGAAGAACAAGAUCAUAGUCAUAUGACAGUCCUCUUUCAAUCCUGGAUGUAGUGGACAGGACAAGAUGGCUGUUACCUCCCAUAGGGUCAAGCUGUAUGAGUUGGCUGAAGUCAAACAAACGGUGGAAAUUUGGGAAGAACAAUAUUAUUGGUCUUAGCCUCUGAUGGCAUGACAGUGAUCUUGCAUUCUUGGAUGCAAGACCACCUCUCCAGAUUUAGAUGGCCAUUAUCUCUUCCAGGUCAGGCUGCAAAGGUAGGCAUUAAUAGAAUUGAAGAAGUGUUGUUUUGGUUGGCUUUCAGAGUCAUCCCAGGAGCUUGGAUCUGCUGAUGGAUCCCCUGGGCAAACUGCAAUAAGAUAAUCAUACUUAUGAUCUGUGGUGCUUCAAAAAAUAGCUUUAGCAAAAUCAUCAAGUGUGAUUCCAUCAUCACCCAGUGUUAGAACUUGACAGAUAUGUUGAGCAAUUUUUCUCUUUUGAUAUGACCAUGUUUGCAUAGAGGAACCAUUGUGGGGUUCAGGAAAACUGCUGUGGAAAUCAGCUGCCUUGAGCGCUGCUAAAUGAUGAUUGACACAAAAUCAUGAAUAUUCAUUCUUACGUGCAAUAUGUGACGAGACCAGAAGGAGACAUACAUGUAAAGCAUGUAUAAGUUGAGAAUGUUAAUAUAACCAGCACUGAAGUUUGGAAAUGUUUGAAGUUUCUGUUCUGUUUUGUCUUCAUUACUUGAGCCGACAUGUAACAUACUAAUGGUAGUAUUAUAUUUAUUUAUUUAUGUUGUACAAUGCCUACUUCUAAUGCAAGCAAAUGGGAUGCUGAAUGUGAGACGUACCGUUUGCACACGUACAAUCCAAAAUGUACCAUUGCUAUGUCACAAUAUGAUUCAAUUCAUUGUGCUUUUACAGAUGCAAUAUGUGUGGGGCCUGCUUCGUGCUGCUGCUACAGAUAUCUUGAAUCUUGGAGAGAUUUUGCCUCUGGAUUUAUAUCUGAAAGUUUGAUUAUUGUUCCUAUUUUCGCUAAAAUUUGAGGUGUUUACUACACAAAUAGCGAAUGUUCUUAUCUUUGAAAGGAGAUUUCACAUUUGGCAAAAGAGAGAAACUCCAUUCCGCUUGGGCAUGUCUUGUUGACUGGAACUUUUUUCUACCUCAUGCAAAUCUUGUACCUAAAUCAUAUCUAAUAACCAUUUGUUAUCAGUAUUCAAAACAUGGAAGUAAAUGGAAUUUAGAGUUAUAACUAAUUUGCAUUAAUAAUGUGAUUAUGAGUUGAUCUCUCGGUUAAUCAAUUAUUUCUGAAUGAUGAUUCCUUAUGGCAUGCGAAAUAUCAUUUCAUUCAAUUAUUAAAUUAAACAGUAUUAAAGCAUUAUUCUUAUGGAUACUUGAACAUCAUCACACAGCAAAAUUAUCCAAUAUGGCAUUUAUAAAACAUAUAAGAAACUAAACAUGAUCUACAUUGUCUCGUUGCAUUUAUGUUUUUUCAGUAUGUUGACAUUUGUUAACUUUUGAAGAGAAGAGAGAGAAGAUAGAUUUGUUUAUGUUUGGAGAGAAUGAGAUUUUGAGUAGGGAAGUGGAAAGAUAGGAAGAAAAAGAGAUAGACAUGAAGGGAGUGAGUAGG